CCUUCGCGUUCGUCGCAUACCCUGCGCAAGACGAGCUCGCUGAGACUGCACGAAAUGCCGACCCGAAUCCCGCUUUUCCUUUGCAAAAUGAGCGUUUAAACGACGCAGAAAGAACCCUCAUACUCCAGUCUUACUAAAUUAACACAAAAAUAUGCGAUCGUCUUUAAAUUUUCUGCAAAAUUUCCACACAAAAGAACUUUUAAUGUUUUUUCAGCUUUUUCGAUUUUCUGUCCAAAGUUCCGAAUCUACGUGCAACGGUACCAGCGGAGAUCCGCCAAAAACAACAUGGCGUCGCUUUCAGAAUAAAGAAGAAAACAAAAUUGGACGGCGUUUUUUUACGAAAAUGCAUUAUUUAGAAGACUUUCUCGAGCGUGAGUAUACACAGAUUAUAGGCGGUUAUUUAUUGUAUAUAUUCUGUUAUAAAAACACCAAGUAGAGUGACUUAUGAAGGCAUAUUUUCAAUUUUUUCUACUGUUUUUGUCCGCCAUUUUGUUUGCCCAAAAAUCAACUUAUUAGUUGCUCAAUACGCAUCGUUGGUCACAUCUGAUAGCUUUGAUUUUGUUGCAAUUUUUGAAUAAUUUUAUUCCUCUUUAUAAUAUGAACAGUGUCUUUGCAUUGGUGUUUGCUUUUUAUUAUUAAAAUAUUUUUUAAAAUUGGAUUAGCUGAAUAAUUAAAUUAACAGUUAUAGUUGCUUUAGGUUAUAAAUUAAAUAAUUUUAUUAAUAAAAUAUAUAAAAACAAGUGUUGUUAUUGUUGAGAUAAUAUAGUAAGAUGUGUUUGGUGACGGGCAAAAAUUACCCACAAUGCAACUGUAUCAUGUAAACAUACCAUUGCCGAGUAUUGAGACAUGAUCUAUAUCUAAGUUGAUAUCUCAAGCAUGAGGUAUAUUAUUCUGCAAUGAGCAGCUGGGGUUAGUGUCUGAAUUACCUGAAAUGGUUUUACUGCAAACAACAGCUUUGUCAUUUUAGGUGAAGGCACUUCAUCUGGACAUUUUCAGCCACAAUGGUCAGAGCUUUCUCUCAAAUGACUUAGACAAAGACAGUUAAUUAGCCUUUCUCACAGCUGAUUUUCUCGCCAUUUUGGGGUACUGCCUCUCCCAUUGAGAGUCUCUGCACCACAAAAUACAACUUUUUAGUAUUCUAGUGACUCUAGUUGUUUGUAUAAUGGUAAAUUUAAAAGUUGCUUUUCACAUUGUUUGAAUUGUCUAGAAUCUUUCACGAGAGCAGACAGUACCCCAAAAAUGGCAAAGUUUGGCCUUCGUGAGAAAGGCUAAUUGAAGAACACUACUGUGAUAGGAGUCAUUGGACCCACAUACUAGUUUCAUUUAGUGACCAAUCAACCACUCAUUUGUGGAAGUUUUGCCUCUAUAAAUACCAGAUGCAUGCUUUGCGUGUGCACCCAGCUUAUGGUGUAGUUAAAUAGUUUAACAUUUCACCAACUUUAGUGAUAGAACAGUUGCCAAUUGAUCUGAGGGAUCGGUAUACAGAAAUGAGAGAAAUGGAUCUUCAAGUUCAAAGUAAGACCUAUGGAAAAUAUUUUCAUAUGAUCUUUUUGUCAAUACCUAGGCCUAAAAAAACACCUGUGAUUCCGGUUUCAUAUCGUGAAAACAUUAUGGUCGGUAGGUCGGAAAUAAAUUUUUUGGAAUAUUUUUUUCAUGGUUUUGGCGGUUUUUUGAUGGACGAUUUGCAGUAGAGUCCCGACAUCAAUAUUAACUAGAGAUGUGUAUUUCCUAUGGACAAAUUUAGGCAAUUUGGUUCACUAAUUAGUGUGACAACAGACGCCAUUUUGGCAUGCUGUAUGAGCAGCCCUCAACCACGUGGAGAAAAUAGGGUUGCACAGUCAAUCGUGUUGAAAAAAUAAUAGGGUCGGUAGAAAAAAAAUAGGGUCGGUCAGGAACCGGAACCACAGGUAUUUUUUUAGGCCCUAUGACACAUGCCCAUAACGUAUUUUACCAUAUCAUGAUGUAUAAUGAACCACACACAUGCAAUAACCAACCUUUAUCAUGAGUACAAGUACAAUCAAACCUCUCCUUAUAAAUACCUCUCUCGCACAUCUACACACAGUUUCAAAUGACAUGACAUAAUUUCAAUGGUAAAUUUCAACAGGCGACAUUGCAUUGAAAUGGUGACAUACAGUAUAGAACAUAAAUUUAGCACCAUUUGACUUCACAAAUCAUAUGAAAACACUGGAACAAAUUGCUCAUACCUGGAGCAACUACAAUAGCUAACAGCUGUAAAAACCAUUGGCUACCUCAACAAAAUUAUAAUCUACAGGCAUGCCAAUUGUCAUAAAAUGUGCAUUAAUUUAAACCUAUUCAAAAUCUACCCACGUAUAGUUAACCCAUUGUAGCUUUGCAGUAGCCGUCAAAUAGCAAGUUACUUCAAUCUUAUGUGAUACUUUGUCAGAUGCAAUUGAUGACUUAGACUUGAAGGGGAAAGAUUUUUUUUCAAGUGGAGCCACUGCGACACAAGAGUGGAAAGAAGAAAACUACAAGAAUCUAAAACAGGUUUUGAAAUAAUAAUAUACAUUUUCCUCUAACCUCCUCCGCCGGCAUGUUGUAGUUCAGCUGGAUUCUGCCCGCCAAUCUACAGGCAAUGAGGCAAUGCGUGUGGAGGUGGCUACACUUUACUUCUACUUGUACAAAAAUAUGCAAAGCACUAAAUAUGUUAAAUUUAUCAACAGGAAUAUUCAAAAGCCUUAGAAGAUGCUGAAGAGAAAGUCAACAUUGCAACUCAAAUUUACGACUUGGUUGAUCGACAUUUACGGAAACUCGAUCAGGAACUGUCCAAGUUCAAAAUGGAGCUGGAAGCAGACAAUGCAGGAAUCACAGAAGUGUUAGAACAACGUAUGGAAUACUAAUCUUUUUCCUUUCACUUCAAAAUAACAUACUCAUCCCAAGCAUUUCUUGGAAUGUUGAUUUUUACUCAUCCUGAACAUUUCUUAGAAUGUAGAUAUUGGAUUUCUAAAAUUUUUUUUUUUUUAUUGCAGGUUCGUUUUUAUUAGAUGAAGUACAAGCACCUGACACACUUCCCAUCAGCUCUCUUCAACCCAUUCAACCUUCAGCUCGUAAUAUCAUCCCUCCAACAGCACACUCUCACAGUAA